ACUCUCAGACACAACGUAGUGAUCGUCACAGCCACGAGUUUUGCCACAAGAAUCCCAUAUGGGGCCUCACCGUUGGAAUCCCAACAAACCCCAGGGACGUUUUUCCUUCUUCAAAACUCCUUUCUCCGCCUUCACACCCAACCCAACAAACAAUGGAGGCUCUUCUUCCGACCCUCGACUUCAAACCACCUCCUUGUUCUCCGUUUUCACCCGAUCUCCCCACACCCAUUUCGUCUCCGAUCCGUUUUUGCCGGUUUUCGAACUCCGGCCACCAUGGACGACGGAAAUGGAGAGUUCUCGCCGCCGCCAGUGAUUUUGGAAGUGAACCUGCUCGGCAAAGACUUAUUGGGUCUGUUGGGAAAUGUGUUAUGGGCUUUGCUGCUGCUGCUGCUGCUUUAAGCUCCGUUUGCUGUGAUUCCCCUGCUCUUGCUGAAUCUCUCACUGUUGCUUUCCCAGUUUCCCGUGCCCCCGAGGUGAAUACAGUUCAGAGGACUCUGAUUGAGGCUUGGGGAUUGAUCAGAGAAACAUUCAUUGAUCCGACUUUUAAUCAUCAAGAUUGGGACUUAAAGUUGCAGCAAACAAUGGUGGAAAUGUUUCCCUUGAAGUCGGGCGAUGCAGCAUAUAAGAAAGUCAGUGCAAUGCUGUCUACGCUUGGUGAUCCAUUUACACGGAUUAUAAGCCCAAAGGAGUAUCAAAGCUUUAGGAUUGGCAACGAUGGCAACUUGCAGGGAGUAGGCCUCUACAUAAAUGUGGAACCAAUAACUGGCCAUUUGAUUGUUUUAUCCAUCAUAGAUGGUAGCCCUGCUGCACGUGUUGGCAUACAUGAAGGAGAUGAACUGGUUGAAAUUAACGGGGAAAGACUGGAUGGUUUUGAUGGUGAAACAGUGGCACAAAAACUCCGAGGGCGUGUUGGAACGAUAGUCACAGUGAAAGUUCAUGAUGUUAGAGAUAUGAGCAACUCGAGCAUCAGAGAGGUCAAAAUUCCAAGAGAAUACAUUAAACUCUCUCCAGUAUCCAGUGCAAUUAUUCCACAUAGAACACAAGAUGGCCAAUUGUCCAAGACUGGCUAUGUUAAAUUAUUAGCCUUCUCUCAGACUGCAGCCUCUGACAUGGAAAACACAAUUCAUGAAAUGGAAAGCCAGGGUGUGCAAUCAUACAUUCUUGACUUACGGAACAACCCAGGAGGGCUUGUAAAAGCAGGGCUUGAAGUUGCCCAAAUAUGGCUAGAUGGGGAUGAAACUUUAGUAAAUACAAUUGAUCGAGAUGGGAAUAUGUCACCCAUUAACAUGAUUGAUGGCCAUGCUAUAACACACGAUCCACUUGUUGUGCUUGUCAAUGAGGGUAGUGCUAGUGCAAGUGAGAUUUUAGCAGGAGCGCUCCACGACAACGGUCGGGCUACUCUUGUGGGGCAUAAGACGUUUGGGAAAGGAAAAAUUCAGAGUGUCACGGAGCUUCAUGACGGUUCAGCUUUGUUUAUCACUGUUGCGAAGUACUUAUCACCGGCACGUCAUGAGAUAGAUCGAGUGGGCAUUAUGCCAGAUAUACAAUGUACAGCAGAUUCACUAAACUCACCAAAAGAAAUAUUAGGCAAAAACAAGAGCUCAGCCUCACCCCUUGAAGCUGAUUCUUGUAUAAUGAUAGCUGAGCAUGAAUUGGACAUUCAACAAUCUAAAGGGACUGCCUCUUGAAAUGAUAGUAAUUCUUUCACUUUUAUAAGUAAAAUUUGAUUGUAAAUAUGAAAGAAACUAGAAAGGUAUAUAUAUGUAUAGAUAAAAAUUACACCAGAUUUGUUGGGAUUUAUUUGUAUUGUGCAAGUCAGCUGUUUUAGCAAGAUCGAUACUAUGUUGGUCAUUGCUGCUGUGUAAGUGUACAAUUCCAUCAUUGAAAUACCCCCCCCCCC